GGCAGAUGUAUCAUUCCUAUAUUCAUUUUUACAGACUGUCCGAUCACUCUCUUCUUCAAUCCGGACAGCCAGACCAUCAGAUUGCCUUCAUCCCUCGUGCCUGAGCGGCCAUCCGGCAAGAGAACAGCCCUCCUCCAAUGAUAUGCUGGGUAUCCUGAUUGUUGCAAUCACAAUCGUAUUUUUGGGCAGAGUUUACGUCAGGUUCGUUCGAAAAUUAUCCAGGACUCUGCCGUACAAUCCAACCUUUCGCUAUUACUGGAGACACUGAGCCCUCUCAAGUUUAGAUGUCAGAUACUCCGAGUUAUCAGGGCAAGGCCUUGGGAACACGUCUUCUCAGAGGUCAGGGCUCACGGAGGCUGCCAACCAGACGACAUCGAGGAGCCGAUGGCGUUGAAAGCUUCUAUUCAUCAAGCCCUCGGAGGCCAGCUAAAAUUGGCAAUGCGACAACGACUGAGGCUGCUGCCGAUAAUACCGCUGCCAAUGACGCCGCAAAUAGCCAUCCAGUUGGGGAUCUAAGCCAGCAUGAUCGGACGAUCGAACCUCCAAAUUUGGAAAUUACAGACAAGUCCCUAGGAAACUCCCUCUCGCGCAAAAGCGAAGAACUGGCGGAUUCGAAUCCCAGCUUGGCCGGGCAUUCCCACCAACGAGAGGAGUCUGAUUUCCAUGCCUCCAAGGAUGUUGAACGGGAAACCUCAUCGGUAAUUGUGGCGCGCAAUUUGGACCAGCAAAGUGACGAGAAAUUCUCAUAUCAGCCGGAGGUAUCAAACACAGUCGAUGAUGCAAACUCUGAGGGUCCAAAUAACUUGGAUGGGAGUGAAACCGCCACGAUUGGAGCCGACUCUGUCCCUAGCCGCAGACAAUAUGAAAGACCGUGGUCUCGUACACGUCGUGAGACCGGUAGCCACAGAUUUGGAUACAUCUCGCCAUCUAUAGUUGAACGGAUAUCGGCACAUGAUGAACCGGUGAGCCCUACCAACUUGAAUGUACUUGCAAGACUGGGCCUGGCUUCUUCUGUGACCCAGCCAUCCUCGGCACCAAUGGCGGAAGUGGAGGCUGGGAGAACUUCAAGUCUGCCAAUACUGUCGGAGCCAGCAGAACCAUCCCCGUUCAGUUCAUACUUCUCGCAAGAGGCCGCCGCCCGUCGAAAUCGCCAAACCUUACGGAGAAAGCCGCCGAUGCAUAGAGGGGAUCUUUCAGCUCGACCGGCCCCAGCAGUGUUGCCCCAUAUCACCAUGAGCGGUCAUAGCUUAAGUCGAGAGCCUGACCACAUAGCACGGGUUGCACGGGACAUCACCAUGCCAGCUGUGGCACAUGUUCGAAAUUCUACCACUGAUCGCGAGUUGGUUUUUGAACGCGAUGUUGUCGCCCCCUAUCCAGGAGGUGCUAUGCUAAACACCAACCAUCUACAAGAUUGUCAGCUACAUCCCGUUGCAACAAGCUAUGAUGGAAUCGCUUCUAUGCACAGCUAUAAUACUGAAACACCUGUCGAACCGUCGACAUUAGAAUCUAUUUAUGAAGAUGCUUCUGAUGAGCCAAUAUCGACAACGCCCAGGGAAGAGAAACCGGCGGACAAGGGCUAUCAAAAAAUUACUGCGAGCUCUUUUAUAGAAUCUGCGAGAAAGGCGGGCGAAUACUUGCGUGGAAGCCCACGUCCACUUGAGCCAUCAGUGGCAUCUUCGGAUCCUCAAAGUUCUACAGCCGUCAAAUCAACGGGGCGUGGGCCCGAAGUGCGCCGGAGUCGAAAACAACACGCAGACAAAUCUCAGGCAAGUUCCUUAUCAGAGGCCGUGGCUACUAAAGCGGGUUCUUUAGAACAGCCAAAUGUGUCAAAACGAGGGUGGCCGCCAUAUAGGAAGAGCCUACCUGUGAAAUCCGCAUCGUCAUCGAUAUAUAGCCAACCGGAGUCACAUUCUUUGAUGUCUGAUAUUCGCGCAGCUUUUAUUCGUGGCGAGGAUGAUACUCAUAGAUAUGAAAGAUUAGGAUACCGCCAUGAGGAUUCAAACAGUACAUUUGAAGCAAUACCUUCAAAGCAAUACAUGGAAGAUGCAGACCAGAAAGCAACGGCUCAACUAGCACAACCUCCAGAAUCCAAACCUCCCUUGAAACCAGCCAAUAUCAAACAACAAACUUCGCAGUAUACUUCUAUUUUUGCUCGUCGCUCUUCUCGGAGAGCUGGUGCAAAGGAACGCACGAAAAACGGUUCCCAGCAGAGGGCUAGGCGGAGAAAGGUGCCAUCUAAAUCAUCGCAGCUGCAAAGAUUUUCUCGCAGAUUCAGACCUGGCCGUUCAAAGAAUUCUUCAAAGAACACUGUUUCUGCCGAGGAAUUAUUAGCUUUGAAAGAAGCAACUUCAGAAGAAUAUGAAACGGACUCGACCGCAACUGAUAAGCAAUUGCCCGCCAUAUCUGAAAAAACGACACGGGGUCCAAAGAAUUGGUUCGAAGGGAUAUUAUUGUUUCACAAAAAGGGCACAGAUCAGUCUACAUCUCUAUUUUCUAAUCGAAAGAGCGAUGUAAGGCUCAAUAGAGAAGUCGCCAUGUCUGGAUUUAUACCAUAUGAUAAGCAUGCAAGUCACAGUGGUUCUAUUCGGAAGAGAGCCUCGGAGGAUACGGAGAGGCUUAUUAUGAUGAUUGAAAAUCUUGAGAAGCGUCUUGAUGAAGCUCUCUAUCCUGCCCAUAAGGUUCAUUAUGCAGAAGAUGUGCCGCAACAGCAGAUAACUGGGAGAGUGGAAGCUCAUACAAGACGCGCCCCAAUUCGACAUACUUCACGUUAUAUCCAUCCAGAUAGCUCAGAGGGUUAUGGUGGAACUAAGGCAAGUGACAUCAGAUCCCGUUUCGAAAAGGUCUCCCAUGGUAGUGAUACUAACGGUGCAAUGCGAGAUUACUCUCUACCCGUGGCAUCUAAUUUACGCAGCAAUAAUGUCGACAAUAUGUCCAUGAGAAUGUCUGGUGCACUACCUGUUACGAGUGCUGUGCCCUUUCCUACAGAAGUGGCGACAAUGAUAGCGUCUCCAGAGCCAGAGCGUGGCAUCAUUAGUGGUCUCCUGAACGAUAAAGUCGCGUUGACAUCGGCAGGGGAUGCAGGAUCCGAGGCUUCCAGCGGGGUCCCCAAGAAGCGUAUCGAUGCAGAUCAUUACACUCCUUCUGGAGUCAGGACCCUCCGCAAGUCGCCGUACAAAGCAACUUUCGCUGCGAACAUGCGUAAGAGAACCACAUUCGUUCCCCGAUCAAGGGAACGAGAGCUGAGCAAGGAGAGAAUAUUAAGAUUUGUUAAGGAGCAUAAUGUCCCGCCUAUCCAGCCUCGUCGAAGCUCUCUCGUUAUGAGAGUAUCACGUCACAAUGAUUCCCAGGGUUCUGAUGGAUUCCCUGCCUCUCAAUAUGCUGCAAGAGCUCUCAGGGUCCAUACAAGCAUGGACGGCGCCCAUGAAGCAGAUGACGAGAUGGAGUCAGAAAUCGAAUACAUCACUCCUCGUCGCAAACGAAACAGGGCCAUCGUACGGCGCCACCGCGUCAGCUACGAAGAAGCCCACCAUAUACACUUCUUGCACGGCGAGAGGGAGAACUCGGGCCAGAUAUUUGAGUGGCCGCCUCAUAUCACCCCAACGCGAGUUCGUGGUGAUCAAGGAUCGCAUGAUAGCACUGAUACGCAGCGCGUCUAUGUUACGGCGAGGCCUCGCCAGUAUGGGGGUGCAGGGGAUAUUUCUCCAGCAGAUGAAAGGCUGAUUACUCUGGCGGCUGGGUUUAGCGUUGCGUUCAUUUAUUUGAUGCUCUGUGUGUAUAUUGUUUUUGGCCCUGACAACAGGUAUGCCUUGUCAAUUUGAGCGGGCUUGGUUGAGUCGAUGGGAGUGCGUUGUACGGGGAAUCUGGAGGUUUAUUUCACUUGAAGGCCAGUAACGGUUCGUGUCAUUGAUACAAUCAGAAGCGUCCAUGUUUGGGUUUAUUGAACCAGUCUCAUUCUGGGGAAUCUCCAGCGAGUUUGGUUGGGGUAUGCGUGUGGAUUUCAUGAAUACUAUGGCUGAUGCUUGAGCUGCGGCCAAGUGCAGCAUACUCCAUGACACGAUUUGUUGGUAGCAUUGAGGCAGACACAGCUGUGAGAUUGCUGACCGGUUAUCUGAUUAUGCAAAAUUCUUGGUAUUUCAACAUCUUGUCAUGGGAGGUUUUCAUGGGCAGCAACCUGCGGGAAUCACAGAAUUAAAGGGGUCGUCUGCGUACUGGCAAUGGUUAGUGGGCAAAGUGAUGAUGGAAGCAGCAUGGCUUUGUGGCAAGUUGGCUCUGGUUGCGAUUGUGAGUUUUAGUGGGAAGCGCAUGAGGUUGAUGCUCAGAUUGUGCAAAGGCUCGAGGCGGUUUGCAGCGUUAACGGCGUUAAAGGGGCUGUCCCAGAGGAUGAGAAUGAUCGGAUGGUAGGACCGUUUGGAUUGACGGGGAGGUUUCCUCGUUAGGUAUGGAAGAAUUCCGCUUUAUUCUGAGAGUGUGGGGAGUGAUAGGGUUCGGAAUAGGGAGGUGUACUGUAUUGUAUUGUAGUUUAUGUCUCAUGGACGGGGCGAACGGAAUCCUAAAAACAUCACUC